AUGGAGAGCCACACUAAGAGAAAGGCACCAUCACCUCCUCCUUCGGGUGCGCUUGUAAAACGUUUGAGGGGUCAGACGCCACCUCCCACAGAAAUUGCGAUUUCGUCUGGAAAUGACCGGAAUAAAGGACUCAUCCGUUCCAUCCAAAGAACCUCUGGCCUCGAGGCACCAAUCGUCAGCUUGACAGGAGCGCACAGUGCCGAAAUCCUUAGCUGCCGCUUUGACUCUACUGGUCAAAACCUCGCGGCGUGCUCAGGCGACCGCAGCGUGUCGUUAUGGAGAACAUAUUCGCCAAAUUCUAACUAUGGACAUAUUCAGAACAUCCACAAAGCCGCUAUUUUAGACCUUCAAUGGUCGCUAACGAGUACGAAUCUGUUCACUGCGUCGGCGGACAAAACCCUGGGCGUGUCCGACCUGACCACGGGACUCCGAGUACGGCGUAUUCGUGCUCAUGGAGGUGUGAUCAAUUCGAUUGACCGUGUAAUAGCGGGAGGGACAGAAUUACUUGCUUCUGGAGCCGAUGAUGGACUUCUGAAAAUUUGGACUGGGGAGACGAAAGAUUCGGUUGACGAAUGGGAAAUCGGAUGCCCUGUGACUGCUGUAUGCUGGUCACCAGAUGGGGCGCAGAUAUAUGCAGGGUCUCUGGACAAUGCUAUUCAUGUAUACGACAUAAGGAAACGCGCCGAGGUGAUGACUCUGAGUGGGCACACCGACACACCAUCCUCUCUUUCCUUCUCCCCCUCUGGAAACCACCUCUUAUCCCCGUCGUUCUCCUCCAACACGAUCAUCUGGGACGUGCGGCCCUUCUCCCCCAAUCCCAGCCGUGUACACCGUGUUUUACAGGGGGCACCGGCAGGAUUUGAGCAGCUUCUGAGUCGAUGUGCUUGGAGUAGGGAUGAUGAAGGCAGACGUGCCGCUGUGGGGGGUGCGGAUCGUACCGUAACAAUAUGGGACGUUGAGAGCGGAAGAAUUCUGUAUAAGCUUCCGGGACACAAAGGGACUGUUACCGCUGUCGAUUUCCACCCCAAGGAACCCAUCGUGUUGACUGCUUCAACCGAUGGGACCAUGCUGCUCGGAGAGAUCGAGCGGAGCUCGUGA